AUGCUGCGACUAAGUAGAGCCAUACCGCGCUCCACUAGCCGCGUCUUGUCUCGCCAUGUGUCGCGUCGCACUUUUGCCUCGGUAGACGGAGUCACCAAGGACCCAGCCGACCUCGACCAAGUCACAACCCUCUCCAAUGGCGUCCGAGUUGCCAGCGAAGCCGUACCUGGUGCUUUCUCUGGCAUUGGUGUCUACGUCGAUGCCGGUUCGCGAUACGAAAACGAUGCCCUUCGCGGUGUCUCGCACAUUAUCGACCGACUGGCCUUCAAGUCUUCAUCACGACGAAGCGCUGAUAGCAUGCUCGAGGAGAUCGAAUCCCUAGGUGGCAACAUCCAAUGCGCUUCGUCUCGCGAAUCCCUCAUGUACCAGGCCGCCACUUUCAACAGUGCAGUACCCACGGCCACCGCCCUCCUCGCCGAGACCAUUCGCGACCCUUUGAUUACCGAUGAAGAGGUCUCGCGCCAGCUGGAGACAGCGGAGUACGAGAUUGGAGAGAUCUGGAGCAAGCCCGACCUCAUCCUGCCCGAGUUGGUUCACAUGGCUGCAUACAAGGACAACACUCUUGGAAACCCUCUGCUAUGUCCCGCCGAUCGUCUAGGAAGCAUCAACAAGCGUACUGUCGACGCCUACCGCCGCGCCUUCUUCCGUCCCGAGAGACUGGUUGUCGCAUUUGCCGGAGUCGAGCACGAUCAAGCCGUCGAGCUGGCCGAACAACACUUUGGCGACAUGAAGGCCGAGAAGCUCGCAACGACAGAACCUACUUCCCAAAAGUCGCCGCAACCACAGCAGAAGUCGACCCUCAGUUCUAAAAUCCCCUUCUUCAAGAACCUUUCCACCUCUGCCUCCCAGUCGGCCACUGUUUCACCUCUCGACCCUUCCCAGAUCAUUCCCCACCCUCUCGAUGUUCCCGUCGACACUUCCGCACCUGCUCACUACACCGGUGGCUUCCUCACAUUACCAAACCUUCCCAUCCCUCCAAACCCUGCGCUCCCUCGUCUAUCGUAUAUCCACCUUGCCUUUGAGUCUCUCCCCAUCAACUCAGACUCCAUCUACGCUCUUGCUACCUUGCAAACUCUUCUUGGAGGUGGUGGCUCCUUCUCUGCUGGUGGUCCUGGUAAGGGCAUGUACAGUCGUCUGUACACCAACGUCUUGAACCAGCACGGAUGGGUCGAAAACUGCGUCGCCUUCAACCACGCCUACACCGACAGCGGCAUCUUCGGUAUCAGUGCGGCAUGCGCUACCCCUUACGUCAACCACAUGCUUCAAGUCAUGUGCUUACAACUCGCCAACCUGGGCAAGGAGACCGGCAUUGGUCGUCUUACCGAGGGUGAAGUCAAGCGUGCAAAGAACCAGCUCAAGAGCAGUCUGCUUAUGAAUCUCGAGAGCCGUAUGGUCGAGCUCGAGGACCUGGGUCGUCAAGUCCAGGUCCACGGCCGCAAGGUACCCGUCAAGGACAUGAUCGCUCGCAUCGACAAGGUCUCGAUCCCUGAGCUCCGUCACGUCGCUCGUCAAGUCUUUGGCGGUAUGGUAAAGAACCCUGGCGGUGGCAGUGGUGCCCCUACCGUCGUCAUUCAGCAGGGAGAAGAGGANGGGGUCACCAUCCAAGAUCUGAAGUGGAAUUCUAUUCAGGAGACGAUUCAGAAAUAUGGUUUGGGUCGCCAGUAG